AUGGCUGAUAAUGUACUAGUGCACCAUCUCGAGCUCAAGUUACGCGAACUACAAGCCGAGAAGGGUCAGUCGCCUACCUUGGCCCAUCAACGAUCUGAUCCAGGGACUUUCCAAGCCAUCAAUCACGCAAGACCGUUUGAGAAGCCAUGGUCUCCGGCGGAUCCACAGCACUCUGAGUUUACAGGGUCACCGUCAGCUCAUAGGGGCCAUUCUGCUCAGACUUCGCAGCGUAUGGGCAAUGGCGGCCAAAGCUACGAUAUGCCCACUCAGCAGCAGCUGCAGCAUCCACCUCAGCAGCGCCAGUAUACUUCUGUACCCAAUCAGCCGAUGCAAAGACCUCUGGUCUUCAAAAAAGGACGACCGAGAAACAUUCAACCAUUGCAUUCCGAACCAGAUUAUGGUCAAUGUGAUUUCUUCGGCUCGAAAAGUGCAGGCUCUUUUGUGCAACAGAUCAGGGCUGCGAUAAGUGCCAAAGGCAAUACACCCUCUCCGGGUCAGAAUACUCCUGUAGUAUCCGGUAGCCCAUUACCCCAAUUGCCGACGGUGCAGCCGAAGACGCACAAUGGUCCGAGCGUGGAGUAUGUCUUACCAUCUCGCAAAACCGCAGAUGGCCUGUUGGAUGUAUACUGGAACGCCGUUCAUCCUUUGUACCCCUUUCUUGACCGUCGACAAUUUCAGCGCAUGUACGAGGGUACCUGGGCUGGCGAACCUUCCGAAUCCGACGAAUCACUGAUGAUGUGCACUCUAAAUGUUGUCUUUGCACUAGCUUCGCAGUUCUCAGAGAGUCUGGCUCCUAAAGAAAGGGAGUCUUCGGCUCGAAAGUAUUUUGAUCGUGCGCAGGACUUGCUCAACCUUGACCUCUGGGACAUUGGAUCGGUUCAACUGGUUCAAUGCCUGCUCUUGAUGGGACAAUACCUACAGAGCACCAAUUCUCCACACCAAGCAUGGAUGGUAACGGGCCUGACUGUACGUAUUGCAGAAGGUCUGGGGCUGCAUCUGCCAGAAACCAGUGUUCGGAUUGACGAUGUGCACCAACGGGAGCUGGUACGAAGAUUAUGGCAUGGCUGCGUCGUAAUGGAUCGUAUUUUGUCGAUGCAAUUCAACAGACCCGCAAUGGUCGAUAAACUCGGCUCCAAUUCUGUUCCGCUACCCAAUGCCGUGGACGACGAGCACAUGGACAGAGGCCAACCAAGUGACUGUCCGCCUGUCAUCGCUUUUUACAUAAAAACACUAGAAGUCUUCGAGAUCAUGGCCAAGGUGAUGAAGAAUUCCGCCUCCUUAAACCGUGGGAUUGGCACAUACGCAUCCCGAGAUCAGUACAACCUUCUCUUUGGUGAUUCAAACAUCAACCACCUGACAGAAACACUAAAACUCGACCAGUCGCUCAUGAUUUGGGCUUCAUCGCUCCCCAGCCAUCUUCGUUCCGACUGCAUCAGCAGUCCUAACUCAUAUAAUCCUAUCUUUCACCGUCAAGCCAAUGUCCUCCGCUCCCGUUAUCUCCACAGCCGAAUACUCCUCUUCCGCCCUAUCUUAUCCCGCUUCUGCCUCGCCCAACCUGAUACCACAUACACCUCAUCCUCAUCAGAUAUGGAGCACGAAUCCCUCCCUCAACACCUCGCACUGGCCUGCUCCAACCUCUGCCUGCGCGCCGCCCACGACGCAAUUCACCUCAUCUACAGCAAUCUCGAUCGCGAAAACAUCACCGGCCCAGUCCCACAAUGGUGGAACUGCAUCCUCUUCACCUACUCCGCCGCCACCGUUCUCCAAGCUGCAAGGCUCAGACCAAUGGGUAGCCCAAAUUACAACAUAGACACAUCCUGGAACCACGCGCUGGAAAUCAUCCACUCAUUUGAACCCCUCUCCCCACUUGUCCAGCGCUGCGUUCUGGCACUGGAAAUCCUGGCCGACAAGAUCACUGAGACGACUAGCCCAAAUAACCACACUGCUGCACCAACGGCGUCCACGACCACGGCAGGAUCGUCGUCGACGUUGCGUCCGAAUAGCGCCUCAGUGCCAACAGCGAGGAGUAUGCCUACGCCCAAUGCACCGCACUGGACGGAGAAGCCGCCACCACCGCCGGGUGGGGUGGUGGAGGCGGCAAAUGCGCUACUGCCCGGUAUGGGUGAAUCGUUGGAUGCGGGAGGUGCGGACGGUGGAGGGACGAUGGGAUUUGAUUUCGAUUUGAAUGAUAUGAGUUGGCUUACUAGUGCGCCGGUAAAUCUGUGA